AUGGCGGAGAGCCUGCUGGCCGCGGUGCGGCACUGCCAAGACGAGGCCCCGGUCCAGUCUCUCCUGGCAGCGCCCCACGUCCAGGCGGAGGUCAACAAGCUGGGCCCCACUGGCGUCAACUCGCUGGGUCUCGCUGUGUGGCGCAACCACGCGGGACUGGUGCAGGCGCUGCUGGAGGCAGGGGCCGACCCAGACAUGCAGGACAGCGAAAGCGGCUGGUCGGCGCUGCACCGCGCGCUGCACUGGGGCCAGCUGCGCAUCGCUGCAGCCCUGCUGCAGGCCAAUGCCAGCCUGGGCCUGCCCGACUGGCGCGGCCGCAGCCCUCUGGACCUGCUGUCGGCUGAGCUCAAGGAGUACAUUGAGCCAGGCGGCGACGGUGACGUGUUCAGCUGGGGCAACGGCAGCAACUACACCCUCGGCACAGGCUCCACCGAUGUGCAGCUGCACCCGGCCCGCGUGGAGAGCCUGCACGACCAGCAGGUGGCAGCCAUCUCCGCCGCCAAGUUCCACUCCGCGGCGGUCAGCGUGGAUGGGCGACUGCUAACCUGGGGGUGGGGCCGCGGCGGACGCCUGGGCCACCCCGAUGCGCACAUCCACAGCGGCGAGGGCGCAGUGAUUGCGCCGCUGGUGGUGUCGAGCCUGGGGCGGCGCGCGGUGGCGGCGGUGGCGGCGGCCAAGCACCACACCGUGCUGUGUACCACCGCGGGCGAGGUCUUCACCAUGGGCAGCAACCGGCACGGCCAGCUGGGGUACGCCGUUGACAGCCAGCCCACGCCGCGGCGUGUGACCUCGCUGCGCCAGCGCGUGGUGGCGCUGGCAGCCGCCAACAAGCACAGCGUGGCGGUCACAGCGGCUGGGGAUGUCUACACCUGGGGAUCAAACGUGCUGGGGCAGCUGGGCUACGGCACCAGUGACUCAGUCUCCAAUGCUGCGCCGCGUCUGGUGGAGGCGAUGCGUGGCAAGGCGGUGGUGGCGGCCGCUGCCGCCAAGCGCCACACCCUGGUGCUGACUGCGAGCGGCGAGGUGUACACCUGGGGCCACCGCGGCGUGUCGCCUCGGCGCGUGCAGCUGGCGGGGGCACGGGACGCCCUGUCUGCAGAGGGAGCCCCCAUCACCUUCCACCGCGGCCAUGCUGACGUGGCGCGCCCCGUGGCGGCCGCCAUCUGUGCCGGCGCGGCCCACUCCUCGGCGCUGACGUCGGCGGGGGUGGUGCUGACCUGGCGGUCGGCCGACCCGGCACUGCAGGUGCAGGAGGUUGGUGGCACGCUGGCGGGCAAGCGCGUCGUCUCCGUCGCGGCAGGCAAGUACCGCACCGCGGUCGUGAGCGAUGAGGGCGAUGUGUACAUGUGGGAGGGCCGCUCAGACUACUUCCCAGCAGAGGGCCGCCAGCCCGGCAGUGGCAGCAAGAAGCCUAGCAGCGGCUCUGCCACCAAGGCGCGCCCCAUCCCCGGCGGGGCAGGCGGCGGUGGCAUGCGCAUCAGCCUGGGUGGCGAGGCGCCCCUGGGCAGCAGGUAUGGCGCGGCCGAGUGUGGCACCGGAAGCUACGGGUCGCACACCCGCCGCCCGGGGUCCUACAUCGAGCGCUUUGCGCGGGAGCGCGAGGCUUCUGCGGUGUUUGGUACGUCGCCGGCGGCUGCCGGCGCGCCCGGAAGCAGCUACGGCGUGUCAGGCAGCGCCAGCAGGCCCGAGCUGUCCUUUGGGUCUGGCACUAGACCCAGCCGCGCCAGCGACGUGUUUGAGAGGGUCCGGCCCGAGAGGGUGGAAGGGCUGAAGCGUGCCGCGGCGGUUGCGGUGGGCGAGAAGCACUCGCUGGCAGUGCAGCGCUGGUCGGCGGCGCAGCUGGAGGGCAUGGUGGCGGUGCCCUGGCUGCACCCCGCACCAGCUGCUGCAGCAUCAGUCGCUGCGGCUGCUGCCGACGACGACCGUUGGUUCCAGCAGGCUGCCGAUGCGGACAGCCUGAUGGACGGCGGCCAGCUGGCCACACCGCGGGGUCUGGAGGCGGAGCCCAGCAGCGCCGACUCGCCCGCAAGCAUGAGCCCCGGCCGGCCCUCGCCCGUGCGGCCCGGCCCGCGGCGUUCGCGGGCCGCCGAGGCAGCCGGCGUUCCCUCCCUGCAGCGCAUCUGCGAGGAGGAGGUGGCGCGGCGGCUGGUCGACCCGCGCACCUGCCUGCCGGUGCUGGAGUAUGCUGAUGUGGCAGGGGCGGAGGUGCUGCGCGCCUACUGCCUGGCCGUGGCUGUGUGCAACCUGGAUGCUGUGCUGCUGGAGGCGGGCGGCGCCUUUGAGGAGCUGGCUCCCCACCUGCUGGGAGAGCUGGAGAGGCUGUUCAAGCUGCGCCUGGCCGGCGCUGGCGCCAGCGGCAGCAGUGCGCAGGCAGCAGGCGGUGCGGCGGCGGCAGCUGGCGCACUCGAUCCCGAGCCCGCAGGCCCGGCGGCCAGCGAGGAGGGUGCGGCGGCCGAGGCGGGCAGCAAGCAACGGCAGGAGGUGCCGCAGCCGGGCAGCCUGCUGCAGCCUGGCAGGCGGCCCACCGCAGCGGCGCCCUGGCUGGGAGAUGAGGGGGUGGAGGUGGGAGGCCUGUGGGCAUCCGGCGCCGGCCUGGGCUUCCAGCCGAUGGCGCUGGCCGCCGGCGGCAGCAGCUUCCGCGACCGCUCGCAGGCGGAUGCCGAGGCGGCCACCCAGCGCCUGCUGCGCACGCUGCAGAAGAAGCUGCAGCAGAUUGAGCACCUGGAGGCCAAGGCUGCCGGGGGUGCGGCCCUGGACCCGCAGCAGCAGGCCAAGGUGCAGCAGAAGCCGGUGAUCCAGUCGGCGGCAGCUGCGCUGGAGGGAGGCAUGGCGCUGGAUGAUGUGCAGAGCAUUCUGCGUGCAGCAGCGGCGGGGCGGGAGCCAGAGGCGGCGCUGGGGCUGGGCUCUGGCGGCGGCAGCAGCAACAAGGCGGCGGGCGCAGCCGCGACGGCGCCCGCCAGCGUCGGGAAACAGGCCAAGAGCCGCGGCAAGAAGGGCUGUCACAAGCCGGAUGCCGUGGCUGGCGACGGCAGCAGCAGCGCCGCACCAGUGGCAGCAGCUGCAUCAGAUGCGGAGCCGUUCCUUGCCGCAGAGGCGAGUGGCAGCCUGCUGGGCAGCUCGCCGCCCAGCUCCAGCCUGGUGCCUGCCUUUGGGCCUGCUGGCAGCGCAGCGGCACCAGACGAGCAGCCUCGGACGCCCGCUGCGGCCACGGAGCCACCCAGCGCGCCGGUCGGGCAGGUCAGAAGCCUUGUGGGCUUUGCCAGCUGCUCUGCAAGCGACGGUGUGGGCGCCGCAGCGCAGCGUCAGUCUGGGCAGCAGCUGCCGGCAGGGGCACGGCCCUCUGGCGGCGGCAGCAGCAAGCCCAAGUCUGCCAGCAAGCGCAAGGGCGGGCUGUCCAUGUUCUUGAGAGGAGAGCUGGAGCAGGAUGCUGCCGCUGCCGAGCCAGCCGCGGGAGAAGGGACCGGCGGCGGCACGCCCAUGCCUGCGCCCGCCUGGGGUGCCAAGGCCGCCGCGCCGGCUGGCGCCGCCUCACUGAAGCAGAUCCUGGACCAGGAGGCGGCGGGCAUGCAGCAGCAGGGCCCCGCCGCCAAGCCGCCCUCGGCCCAGCGCAGCACGCCUGGCUCAGGCAUCAAGGCCCGGGCGGCCCUGGACUCGCCCAGCGCUGCUGCCGUUGCUGCAGCAGCUGCGGGCGGCCCCCUGCGCAUGUCCCUGGCCACCUUCAUGCACAGCAGCCCGAUGCCAGCUCAGCGGCGGGACAACGCCUCGCCGCCGCCCGCGGCGUGGGGCGGCACAGCAGGGUCCAGCCCCCCGAGCCGCCAGGCCUCGUUCCGCGCGAUCCAGCAGGAGCAAGAGGCGCUGCUGCCGGCCACCAAGGCGUUUGGCACCUCGCCCCCUGCAGUGCAGCGGCUGGCCGGCGGCCUGCCUCCCUGGCGCCCGCCCCAGGCGCCUGCCAGCUCAGCUGGUGCCGCUGGGCCGUCUGCCUCACUGCUGGGCGCCUCUCCAUCCGCCAGCGGCAGCCUGCUGGGCACCUCGCCAUCAGGCCGUGGCGCCUCCUUCCUUGCUGCCCCCGUGCCCCAGCACAGCAAGUGGUACGUGCCUGAGGAGAGCCGUGCCGACCUGCGCAAGUCGCUGAAGAGCAUCCAAACCGAGGAGGAGGCCAUGGCUGUGCUGGCCAAGCAGUAUGGCUCGGACAAUGUCAAGAUUGCGGGCAAGCCCAAGGCGGCCAACCCUAAGCCCGGCAUGGCGCCUGGGCCCGGCCCCGACCUGCGCCGCACCUCGCCAGGGCUGCCCCGCCCCGGCGGCAAGCAGCAGGGCAGGCAGGACAGCGGCAGCAAGGCCAAGCAGCAGGAUGGCGGCGGCAAGGCUGGUGGCGGCAAGCAGCAGGAUGGCCACACAUGCUCAGGCAUGAUGCCAGCCGGCAGCAGCUGGGUGCACUGUAGCAUCAGGAUAACUGUAGAACAGGCAGUCAUAGGUGUGGCCUAUGACGUGUUUAGUAUACGCCAGCAGCGGCAGCUGCGUGACCCCUUGUAG